GAAGAUGAGCUGUAUCUGUGUGAAGAUCAGGUGCGCACAGCCGCCAAUUGCUGCCUUGGAUUACGCAAUGAGAGAAACAGCGAUUUACGCGCUACAAAAUCGGUAACUUCAAUCGUCAAAGCUCACAGUUUGUUUUUUCUCAGAUUCCCGUGUAGACGUUACAUUAUUGGCGAUUCUGUUUUUGUUUCAAAUUUGAUAACGUAAAGUGAAAGAUGUCGUGGAUCACUGUCACCGUGACGGCUGUAUUGCUCGUCGGAGGUGUCACGUGCUCGCCUAUCGAUGUUCCUAAGCCAGCGUCAGAGUUGUUGCCACUCGAGGUCGACAAUGGCUCACUGCUGGCCACUGACAUGACGCCACCACCAGUGUCAAUGGGGGUGACCGAAAAAAAUGUACCUGCCACAUAUCUGGUAUCUCUGCCCCUGCCGGAAGAAAGGACUGAUGUCGAUAGCAAGAACGAGAACGAUGCAAUUAAGCAGAUCAUGACGGCUAUGGAAGAAAAGAAGGUUCUUGAGGCGACAGGCGAGCCUGGACUUGAUUACUCACUCAAACUCGUUAAGGUCCGUAGGAAGAGGACCUUGAAGUACAAGAAAAAGUACUACGGUGGAGGAUGCGGGGGUGGAUGUGGAUACUAUCGACCUCAACCAACAUAUUAUAAAGUUGUUGUUGUACCAGUCGUUGUACAGAAAAAGCAUUACUAUCCCCAACGUACUUGCAACGUAUGUGGACAUGGUGGUGGAUACGGUGGCAGCUUCUCUUAUUCUCAAGCAUCUGCUUCAUCUUUUAGUUAUGGAAAAAAAUGAAAGACAAAGGUUUGAGCAAACGCAAAGAAAAUUCUUAAGAGACACUUGCGAACACAUUAAUACUUUUUAAAAAAUAGUGUAUCUUAAUACUAAUAAAGUUGUCGUUAUCUAUUAUUUUUAAAGAAGCAUGUUUUAAAUGUAUUGUUAGUUCAUUGGGGUAGUGCAAUAAUAUUUAAGCAAUACUUGAGUGCUAUAUGAGAUAAUAUAUGUAUUUUUUUAUAUUACUAUUGAAUAAAAUUAUCAAUGUGAAG